GAUUGGAUUCGUAGGAUUUUCAGUUUAUUUCUGAGGUUUUUUACUGCUUUCCAUUUUGCCGGGGAUUGUUUGGAUUGAGGUGCUUUUUGGAUAUAGAAAUAAGAACUCACAAAUAAUUAAAUCCUGAAAUUAGUAUGUUGAUUGUUAUUAGAUUGUUUGAUAAAUUGCAAGAAAUUUGUGAAUCAAUUAUGCUAUUUCCCUUUUUGAGCUCCUUCAGCUACCUUGAAUCUGCAAAUUUUUGGUCAAUCCCAAGACUUCAAAAAAAAAGGGCUGAAUUUCUAAUAACUUUCACAUUUUUCUCAAAUCCGAACAUUUUGUCAUCAGUAUUCUUUGUCUAACACAUAAUACAUAAUUUCUCCCAAAUCCAAGAUCACGGGGCAAUUGAGAAAAUGUCAAAGUUAUGAUAUAAUCGCUAGUUUGGUAAGUUGUGGGUGUGAUCAGAGAUUAGGUGGUUUUUCCUGCAAUUUGCCCUUGAAUUCAAUACUAGUUAUAGCAUUAGCAGAUGCUCUACUUAUUGAAAAACAGGGAAAGAACCAAGUUAUGUUUCAUGUUUAAGAAUUUUACUAUACAUUCUCUUUUCUACGCAAUCUGCUGAGUUAUAAAGCCUAUAUAUGUCUUCUUAUAUGAAUAAGCGUGCCUCAGAACAAUAAGUUGUGGAUAUUGAAGUAUUGAGAAGCUAAAUACCAAAUAAUCUAUAAUGACAUUUGAGAGUUGAUAGUAGUAACAUUCUGUCAGCCAGCUAGAGAUACCUCCACACCAUGGAUCGGGGAAAGUUUACACUGAUGGGCUCGACCGUGUGUGUCAUGCUCAGUUUGCACUUCUCGAUACAGCUAGUGUCCCAACACUACCUCGCAUGGAAGAAGCCCAAGGAGCAAAAGGCGAUCAUCAUAAUCGUCCUCAUGGCUCCGUUAUAUGCUAUUGACUCUUAUGUUGGCCUGUUGGACAUCAAAGGAAGUGAGACAUUCUUCACUUUCUUGGAUUCUGUUAAAGAAUGUUAUGAGGCUCUGGUCAUGGCAAAGUUUUUGAGUUUGAUGUACACCUACUUGAACAUAUCCAUCAGCAAAAACAUAGUUCCGGAUGAAAUCAAAGGACGAGAAAUUCAUCACUCGUUCCCAAUGACUCUUUUCCAGCCUCAUACUGUUCGUUUGGACCACAAAAACCUUAAACUUCUCAAGGACUGGACGUUGCAAUUUGUUGUGAUCCGUCCUGUUUGCUCUGUCUUGAUGAUAACGUUUCAGCUUCUCGAUAUGUAUCCUAGCUGGCUGAGCUGGACAUUCACCAUCAUCUUGAAUGUGUCUGUUUCACUGGCCCUGUACUCUCUUGUUGUGUUUUACCACGUUUUCGCAAAGGAGUUGGCACCUCACAAACCUCUUGCAAAAUUCCUGUGUGUCAAAGGCAUUGUCUUCUUCUGUUUCUGGCAGGGAAUCAUGCUUGAUAUUCUUGUAGCAAUUGGGGUAAUAAAAUCGAACCACUUCUGGCUGGACGUCGAGCAUCUUCAGGAAGCGCUUCAGAAUGCAUUGGUGAUUGUGGAGAUGGUUUUCUUCUCCCUCCUCAUGCAAUACGCAUAUAGCGCUGAACCCUACCGCACCGGGUCGGUUUCGGUCAAGGCUGAAGAGAAGAAAAAAGAAUAACGAGAGAUGCUCGUUCGUGCGAACGUCUUAGGCUGCUGUUCCUUUUAUAUGGCAGCACCAUGGUGUAUUAAUGCUCCGGCUCUACUUGUAUUGUACGUUUAAUAAUAGCAUGGCACCUUUCCGGCUUGAUGUGUUUACGGUUAUGGUUAGUACUUUAAUUAUUAUAUAGAUGUGUAAUCGAUUAUAUCCAAGGACGGAUGCAUAAAUUUGUUUUGGUAGGAGAUAUAUAUUCUAAAUUUUCUAGGCAAUAAUUUUCUA